AUGGAUAAUACACAUCGUGAUAAAGAGGAAGAUGCAGGAAUAGUACGAAAUAAUAGCGAAACAACAACAACGAUGAAUAAACGUCAAAGAUUUUAUAACCUUAUGAAGAAUACAAGAGAAGUCUAUAUUCCAAACUUAAAAUCAACAAUAUCACAACAAUUUGAAUCAGCAACAAAUGUUAAUGACUCAUUGAGGAAUGGUCUUACUUCACCUUCUCUAUCUACUACUACUAGUAAUAAUAAUAAUAAUGCUGUUACUACACAACAAUUAUGGCCAAAAGAUCUGAAAUUUCAAUGUUAUCCCACAUACACUACAUGGAAUUAUCAAAUACAAUCAUUACAAACAUUCAUAAGAUUCAAUGUAUAUACUCCGGGAAAUCAAGCAAGUAGGAAAAAUAGAUUCAUUUUGAAAUUAUGUGGACAAUAUUUGAAAACUAAUAACAAUAAUAUUAACAAUUCAAUAGCGAUCAACAACAACAAAAAUAAUACUAACAAUGAAGAAGAAGAAGAUAAUGAUGACUUGACUAUAAACUCCCAACCUUCAUAUACACCUACACCUCAACCACUACCACUAACAGGGACUAUAACUACACGAGAGAAUAAUAUCAAUAAUGCACCCAUGGAUGAAGUACAAGUAUUGCAAAAAAGAAUUUCAGGGUUCUUCGCUAGAAGAAUUAUAGGUAUCCCACUAACAAUAGAAUUAAUCGGAAAUGACCCUCAAAGAGAUUAUUUGAAAUUACAUGAAAUAACAGAUCAAUCAGGAAACAUUAGACAAAAAAAGAAGUUACCAACUAAAUUCAAUCCUAGGAACAUUAUCAUCUCAAUUGAUAAUAUUCCUGCAGCAGCACCAACAAUAACAACAACAACAACAAGUAAGGAUGAACCACUCAAAAUAGAGUAUCCAAUCAAUCUAAUUAAACAAGGAGGUAUCGGAUUAAUAAGUGAUAUUGAUGAUACAAUUAAACAUACAGGUAUCACAGGAGAUAGAAGAUCAAUGUUUAGAAACGUCUUCAUACACGAUAUAAAAUCAUGGCUAAUUGAUGGGAUGCCAUUAUGGUAUAACACUUUGAGAGAUAUUAAAAAUGCGGACUUCUUUUAUGUAUCAAAUUCACCAUUACAAAUGUUCCCCAUCUUACAGGAGUUCAUUACGGGGAAUUAUCCUGAUGGUCCAUUAUUUUUAAAACAAUAUUCAGGGAAUUUCUUAGCAAGUUUAAUGACUUCAAGCGCAAAUAGGAAAUUACAACCAAUAACUAAUAUCUUGAAUGAUUUCCCAAAGAAAAAAUUUAUACUAGUGGGUGAUUCAGGUGAAAUGGAUUUUGAAGCUUAUAUUUCCAUUGCAAUGACUUUCCCUGAACAAAUCGCAGGUAUUUAUAUUCGAUGUUGUAGUAAUUCAUUAAGCGAUUCUGGUGAAAGAUCACAUGAAGAAAAAGUUAUGAAUGAUAUAAAUGAUAUACUGAAGGAGAAUUAUCAUCCUAAACCAGGGAAAACAUUAAAAAAGGACACAAAAAUAUCUGAAUCCACAAAUAACAACAUCAGUCCUCCUCGUAGGUCAAGUCCAUUAAUACCGCCUGUAGUUCCAUCAAGGAAAAAUAUUGAAUUGUCCCCUAAACAAAAGGAAAUGAUACAGCUGUCAAGAAGAGGACCAAACAAUAUCAUUACAACAAAUGAUAAUAAUAAUAAUAAUAAUAAUAAUAAUAAUACAAGACCGGCAAGUUCAAAACUGAGAUCUCGGCCACCACCACCACCUAUCCCAACACCAAGAAAUACAUCAUCAUCCUCAGAGGCAGCAUUGAAUGUAACGAUAUCAAAUACUAGUACCAAUGGUAGCUCACUCUCGUCAUCGUCAUCUUUUUUAUCGUCAUCGUCAUCGAUUGAAGAAUCUGGAUAUCAAUUGCCAUCAAGUCAAGAUGAUUAUGGUAAUUUUCAAACCACCACCACCACCACGGCAACCGGAUUUGUUGAUACCAAGGCAGAAAAUUGGAAACGUCGUGUAUGCGUCGGAAUUGAAAAAUUGAAUAACCUUCAUGAUCAUGAUACUAUGGGAAAUAAUACGGAUAAUUUUAUAAAACCUAAAUUGUUAUUCUUUAUGGAACCAGGUGUUGCUUUGGAGGUUUGUCUUCAAGGUACAAAGGAUAUAGAGUGA